CUCCCUCUGGGACUUUGCUUAUAAGUCAGUUGUUCCCUGCAGUCAGUUCAUCUACACCGUUUCUGAACGGAGCCUGCCUCGGUACAAUUAAUUGUCGCACGCAAGCAGAAGGCAGCAUGUUCAGAGAGGCGUUCCUCGCUGCGGCGUUCUUCGCAUGGUGUCAUACAUUUUCAGUGCAGGGGAGUCCGAUUCUUCCUCGUCCUCUUGAUGUGUCCAUACACGUCAUAGUUGACGACUCAUUUCCAGGACCUACAAGAAUGGAUCUGGAAGCUGCUCUGAACGGGGCUACACUGAAGUACGCUGGUGGAUUCCGGAAUGUACAUAUAAGACUUCUACUCACGAGCUUUGCUAAGAUUGGGGUAGGAAAACAGGAAGACUUCAUGAAGCUACGAAAUGAUGAACAUCUCGACGGAAAACAAACUCUGAAGAUCCUCGAAGAGCACGUAGAGGCCUUACAUAAGGAAGAGAAAAAUAGAACCGGCGCAAAUGUAUAUACGAAGCACGUGGUCCUGCUUGCAACGGGGAGAGCGAUAUGUGCAUUGCCCGGUUACAAAGUUCCCUGUAAAGUCGUUGAGGGCAUAGCAGUGCCUCGGAGUCUGUGCACCAACACCAGUGCUGCGAUUGUAACGUUUACCUCAGAUAUUCAAGAGCCUACUGAACGUGUUGCAAGAUACAUGGCACAGGUGAUGGGUGCAGAUACACAAGACAACUGUGAAUGCGGCCACAAAGAAGACAGCAUAUUUGAUCUACGCGUCGAAAACAACAUGAUCGCUUACUUAAGAAAUCUUGAUUGGCAUUGCCUCUCUCGACAUAACAAUCCGAAAUAUUUCCUGACACCGGGAUCGCUUUUCCAUGAAGCAAGUUUCUGUGAAGCUAUAUUACACGGCAGACCAGACGUCAGCUACUGCGGGAGCGAUGACGACCUAAACCACUGCCAGCUGCGUUGCUGCUCACCAGGCAAUAUCUUGACUGAAGUGUUCACCGCUCCAGAUGGGACUCCGUGUGACUCGUCCAAGCAUGCUUUACACCUGCCAGGGCGUGCUACUUGGAGCAACUCGACUGACUUUCUGAAUGCAAGGCUCUGCUAUAGAGGAAGGUGCACGGCAACAGCGGCUGACUUGCAGUACAUACUCAAGUCCGAUAAGGAGAUCAUUGAUUGGUGAAUUUCUGCGAAUUAUGGGUUUCCUGGAUAAUAUCUAGGCUUUCGCUAUAGCGUGCUGCACUCUAUAUACAUUCAAAUCCUGUGAAUCACAGUUAGCGAGAAAUAGCACAUGACAAUCUUCAUAGCCAUGACAUCGCUGCACGCCAGAUGGUCGCGCUGGUUUUGUAUUUCGCCAAAGCGUUUAUGAAGGGUUCCUCAUUUUCGCAUUUUACCUAAGCUAACACGCCUUAACCAGCAGUAAAGCAAUCGUAUAAGGAGUACGUGACUGUUAACAACGCAUCAUCCGCUCUAGCCCCACACUCUAAGGAAAAAUAAUUAGUAAUUUUACUCCUUUUGGGUCUCAAUGCAUUGCCACGAAAAAUAGUCCCUUUCGGGAGUAAAUGAAUGUCACAGAGUGGAGAUUGCAUUUGACGUUCUGUUGUAAGAGUCCCAGGUGCACAAUUGAUGUGCAUGCAAGAAAAUACUUUGAGUCAAACGAUCAACCGUGAUAGAUCGAGUGAUAUAAGAAAAAUAAAUUGAAAUUGAAAAUGAAAUAUCAAAUCUUGCGAUCAUACGUAGGGCACUGUUUGCGAAGAAAGAAGCGUUAACUGUUUCUUUCUCUGUGUGUGGAAAAUUUCUGUGGCGAAGUUAUACAGCCUUAUGGCAUCAAAUUGACCAGGAGCACAUAUUUGCGUAUCCUGUUGAAUUCGGAAGACCAUUCGCGAAGCUCAGUGGCUAUUUGCCGUCCAAGGGUGUAAACGUCGGAGUUAAAGGACUAAAAUGGGGAGUAAUUGUUGUCUAGGGGACAAAAAGUUGCAAUUACUCACCAUUUUACUCCUUUUUUUUUUCUUCUUGGAGUACAGUUGCUCGGGUAUCCCCCAGGGUACUGUGAUUAGCACCCUCCGUCUUUUUUUAAAAUUUUCUCAAUGACUCGCCCCUCAGGUAUAUCAUCUCGCCUCAGAUUAUUUGCCGACGACUAUACGUUAUCUCUCGCACGAUUCGUCACAUCGCGGACUUUCCAAGCUCUCCGAAUCUGAUUUCGAUAAAAUGCGCCAUUGGCGCGAAACGUACCUGUUACCGGUUAACAUCGAUAAGUGAAAGGUAGUGUCGUUUACACGCCUACACACACAUAGGAAUUUAUAUUACAUUGGUCCUCCGAUUCUCCAGCGUGUUGAUUCAUAUGCGUACCUUGGCCUGCGUUGCUCCACUUUCGAAUUAAUGUUAUUACAAAUCGUGACACUUCAACCUGUUAUUAUCCAGUGCAACUUUUUUCGUCUACUACUGUAUUAGUGCUUUUUUCAUUACUUUUGAUGCGACUUUGAUGAGACUGAGAUUUCAACGUUAGUAAUUAAGUGUGUUUUCUCCACUAUUAUUUCCAUUGUAGUUCCUUUAUGGAAGCAUACUGUAUAACAAUGUAACGUGUAACAAUGUUCGUGUCCCUCCUCCCCUAUGUAGUGCCCUCUAGUGGCUUUAACGUAUUUUGUCAAAUUAAAUAUUAAAAAAAAAACA